AUGUCUGCUCCGCCCAACCCCCUCCCCAAAUACAUCUACAAAAUUUUGCCUGCCGCUCCCCAAGACCCGCUGCCUGAGCAGUUUCCCUUCUCACAGCUCGAUGCAAACGAUGGCUUUGUCCACCUAAGCACGGCUACACAGGUUCCCAAUACGGCCAAUUUGUUCUUUACUGAGGCUUCUGAGCUGUGGCUCAUCAAGCUGGAGCUGGCACAGCUGGCGGAUCCGCUCAAGUGGGAGGAUGGGUUCCCACAUUUGUACGGCAACUUUGGCGCAGCCGAUGUCCAGAGCUUGCAGAAAUUUGAGAGAAAAGAGGGGCAGACGUGGCCGGAAACCAUGAAGACUUCAACAUGGCUAGAGUAA